GCUUAUCUCAGACCUCGGUUAUAGUCACUUCUCGAUGAAACUGAAGUUUGAAUUACGUAAUUACUAAUUAUUUCUUAAUUCGUUUUAUUUGGACAAAAUAUAAAAACUAUUUUUUAUUUUAUAUGAUAGACAUUAGUUAGUUAUUUAUACAUAAUAUUAUUAUUGUGCCAAGUUUAUUCUUUACAACGCAGAGUUGUAAUUUCAUACUGAUAGCAUUACAGGGUACAGACUCAAGUCUGACAGUUAAGUUCAUCAUUAUAAUUGGCAGUUGCAUAUUGUGUUACCAUGAAUUCCGCCUCGACAGCUCGAGUAAAAGAGAAGAUUCGUUAUGAUAUAAAUGUCCAUCGUGAUCAACACAAACAAAUACUAUUAAAUUCAAGACGAGGAGUUGUAGUCGAGGAAGAGGAUAAUGUAUUUACUGUUGAAGACAUGCACAAUUUGGCACAAGAAAUUAAACAUAAAAAACAAAUUACUGUUGAACAAUUAAGGUUAUUAAAAAAUGGUUUUCUGAACGGUAUAGACUUUGUUUCAGAGUUUUACCAUGUUCAAGGGGCCGCUGAAUCCUUACUUCAUCUUGCAACUGGUAAUAAAAAUGAAGAAGUACAAUUAGCAGCACUUGAAUGUUUUUGUAACAUGACCUUAGGAGAUAGAAAGACAUGUUUAAAAUUGACAAAAUUAAUUAUACCAUACUUGAUGAUGUACAUCAAUCAUUUGAAUUUCAAUAUAUCAGCUAUGUGUAUCUGGACUCUUGGAAAUUUGAGCGAUUCUAGUCCAGUUUCAUGUAAAGUGCUUCAAAGUCAAAAUUUCUUUGAUGCACUGGUUGAUCGCUUACAGAACUCAACAUGUGAUGAUGUUAUUUUCAAUACCUUUUAUGCCUUAAGACUUUUUCUUAAAAACUACCUGGUCCAUUUAAAGAUUGACGAUCUACACAAAUUGCUACUCGUAUGUUAUGAACGAUUGAAUACGUGGAAAGAAUCAUUUUGGAUUGUAUAUCAAAUUUCUUGUUGUCAACAAAUUGAAUUGCACAAAUCAGAAUGUAUGGCACGUUUAUUGAACACCUUAAAUGAAGAUAUAAUCGAUAUAACGUGUAUAGUGCCUAUUUUAAGAACAUUUAGUAAUAUUAUAGCUCAUGAUAGUACAGGUCAUUCCGCAUAUGUAUUUCUUUAUGCAUUACUACGUGAAAAAGGAUCUAUUAUAACAAGUAUUUUGAUUAAUAAUAGAGAUAUUAAUUUAAAUGAUGAAUGUGCUUGGUUGUUAGGUAAUGCUUUUAAUGCUUUAAAUAUUAAUGAACUUAACGGAAAUGACCAUUUGACACACACAGAAACCUUUGAUGAAAUUUGUGGUUAUCUUUUGGUAUAAAUUUGUAUGUGUUGACAAUUUCCAUAAAUAUGAAUUUUAUUGUGAUUUUUUUUUAAAUUUUAACCUAGUUGUUAAACUGUAUACACAUAUUGUUAGUAUACAUUUUUUUUUAUUUUUAAAACUACAAUCAAUGUAUGUAUCAAAUUUUUAUAUUUAUCAUACAUGAUUUUUUUUUAAUGUUCAACACUGUGCACUGUUAAAUAUAUAGUGUGCUAGUACAUAA